AUGAGACUACUUCAGACCUCCGUGGCAGGACUCAUUGGCCUCGUGGCCAUCACGAGUGCCUCGCCCCAAGUGGCGAAGAGAGACGCCCAAUUCAAUAUUGGACAGCCCAUCGAUGCCAAUGGCAAAGGUGCCCCGAUCCUGGGCGGCACCAACAAUGCAAUUGACAGAGAGAACCCAGACAAUCUCGGCCGGCAGUCCACUGACAGCGGCGUGGUGCCGAACCUGAAAUGGAGAUUCUCUGAUUCUAAGACCCGCAUCUUCAACGGAGGCUGGGUCCGCGAGCAGGUCAUUCAGGACUUGCCUCAAAGUCACGAUAUUGCAGCCGCCCAGCAGCAUAUCAAGCGUGGAGCAUGGGGUUUUGUGUAUUCUGGUUCCAUCAUCAUUGGAGCUGUUGGCGAAGACGGACGAAGCCAAGUUGAGCAACUCAACUACGGAGACAUUUGGUAUUUCCCCAAGGGUGCCGCUCAUUAUGUCCAGGGAGUUGCUGAAGAGUCCGAGUUUCUCUUGGCCUUUGACGAAGCCGACUUUGAUAAGAUUGGAACUACUUUCAACAUUGUCGACUGGCUGGCCCACACUCCAAGAGACAUCUUGGCCAGGAACUUUGGCGUCAAUGCUUCCGUCUUUGACAAGCUACCCGCCACGAACCCGUACAUCCUGAACGGAACGGUGGCAACCACGAACGUGACGGUUCCCCCGGGGCAGUACCUCUCCGGCAACAGUUCCUUCGUCUACCGCACUUUCGAGCACCCACCCGAGAAGGUUCCCGGCAACGGCGGCGAGUUCAGAAAGAUUGACUCGACCAACUUCCCCAUUGCCAAGACCAUUGCUGCCACGUUUGUCACCCUGAAGCCUGGCGGGCUGAGGGAGCUCCAUUGGCACCCCAACGGUAAGGCGACUGUGUUUAUCGGAAGUGCAGCGUCGAGAACCUUUGACUUGGAAGCGGGAGACACAGCUGCUUUCCCGGAUAACAGCGGACACUACAUCGAGAACACCUCUGACACGGAAGACUUGGUAUGGAUUGAGCUGUACAAGUCUGACAGAGUCGUGGACAUUUCUUUGACCCAGUGGCUCGCUCUCACACCGCCUGAAGUAGUCGCGCAGACUCUUAAAGUACCGCUGGAAUUCGUCAAAAGCCUCAAGCAGGAGAAGCAAAUCCUCAUCUGA